UAAUCGACACUUUGUUUGAGCAAUCGGAGCAAUUAUCCCCGUCUAGCACUGCUCGCGAGUUAAAAUAAUUCGUCAGCUGUUCGUCAUUCUAAACACUCGCUCGUCCGCAUCCAAUUGCGGCUCGUCGCUUUUUCACCGACAAUUUGAUUUUCGAUUCCUUUCGCAACCGGUUUCUCAAACGGGACUCACAUAAUGACAACGGAAGCUCGUCUGAGAGUAGAGAAAGUGACGGAACCUUUUGGCCUUUCUGAAGGUCCUCAUUGGGAUCAUCGGAUUCAAAAGUUGUAUUUUGUUGAUAUAUCUAACCAGUACAUACGUAGACUGGACACUGCGACAGGUGUUGUAACCAGUGCCUAUGUAGAACAUGGUCCUGUUGGUGUUGUUGUACCUGUGGAUGAUACGUCUGAUAAACUCGUAGCAGGUUCUGGAAAAGAUCUUAUUCUUGUCACCUGGGAAGGAAGUGAAGAUUCAAAGAAGGUGCCAUUUAAAGUAUUGACUUCUAUUGAAUCUUCUUUUAGUGAUACAAGAGUCAAUGAUGGAAAAGUAGAUUCAUCUGGAAGAUUCUGGAUUGGUACCAUGGGAAAUGAAAAACUUAAUGGAGAUGUAACUUCUAAUCAGGGAUCAUUAUAUCUCAUUAACGAUACGUUAAAACCUAAAAAGGAAAUAACUCCUGUUACAAUAAGUAACGGAUUAGCAUGGAAUAUCGACGACAAUACUUUCUAUUAUAUUGAUUCACCUACACGUCAGAUUGCAGCAUACGAUUAUGAUCCAAAUAAUGGGACAAUCUCUAAUAAGAGGAUUGUAUUUGACUUGAAUAAGAUUAAUAUAGAAGGCGUUCCUGACGGAAUGACCAUAGAUACAGAUGGCAAUCUUUGGAUAGCAGUGUAUGGGGGACACCAUGUCAUCCACGUGAAUCCAAAAACACAAAAAUUGUUGAAAAAAGUUAAGAUUCCAGCUGAAAAUGUAACUAGUGUCGCCUUUGGUGGUCCGCUUCUCGAUAUUCUGUAUGUGACUACCGCGGGCCAUAAUUUAACUGCCGAACAGCGAAAGAAAACUCCCUACGCUGGCUCCGUGUUCGCAGUAAAGGGCUUGGGAGUUCGUGGAAUUCUUGCAAAUUCGUUUGUGAUGAAUGAAAAGCAAUCAGAUGAGGAAAAGACAGAUGUAUGAAAACAUGUUUUGCUUCUCAUGAAAAUUUAUACAUUUGCAUGUAUUUUUAAAUAUAUAUAUUGUAUGUUAAAUAAAAACGUUCAAGUAUUGCUUCUGUAAAAAA